GACGGCAUAUACCCAUGGAUGAAUAUAACUUGUAUUCUGAAAUUGGCAAAAAUAGAAAUGUAGUUGAAACAAAAGAUACCACUGAUUAUUCGUUUGCGACAAAUACAUCCCACAUCGAAGUAACACCGGAUGAAGAGACCGGCUUUGAGAAUACAUAUUACAGCUUUGGCGAUCGUGUGGAAGUCCCAGAAACUGCCAUAAAAGUAGAAGACUUGUAUGACAUAAUGUUCUCAACCGAAUUCAAGGAAACUAUGAAAAAUCAGUUUAAGACCUUUCCCAACGGACUGACAGAAGAAUAUCAAGUAGCCAUGAAACUUAAAAACAGACCAAAAAACAGAUACAAAAAUAUUUAUCCAUAUGAUGAAACAAGAGUAGUUCUGCAGAAAUAUGGGAACCAUAUUAACGAUUACAUCAACGCAAACUACAUACACGGGUAUAAUCAGAUGAGAGCGUAUAUUGCAUCUCAAGGGCCUACGAAAGAUAUACUGGUGGAUUUCUGGAGAAUGGUUUGGCAACUUAGAGUUGGCAAGGUGGUUAUGUUGACUAAUCUUGAAGAGGAUAAAAAGAUGAAGUGCAUGCAGUAUUGGCCAGAUGCAGAUAGUGUUGACUUCGAUGAUUACAAAGUAACCAUUCUAGGGACAGAGUAUUAUUCAGCCUUUAUCAUCAGAACAUUAGCUGUUGAGAAGGCAGGAGAGGAAAAUAGACAGCUGGUCCAUUUUCAUUUCACUGCGUGGCCGGAUAAAAAAGUCCCGAAGUAUGCUUCGUCGCUUGUUCAUUUUCGACAUAAAGUGGAAACCACUGCUGUGAAAGAGAACGGACCCAUUAUUGUCCAUUGCAGUGCCGGUGUGGGGAGGACGGGGACAUUCAUUGCUCUGAAUGUCCUGACAGAGCAAGCCUUAUCGAUGGGAUAUGUGGAUCCUGUGGGCUGUGUGAAUACAUUGAGAAGACAGAGGGUCGACAUGAUUCAAACACCGGAUCAGUAUAUAUUUCUGCACAUGGCACUUCUGGAGACAUUGAUGCUAUCCACAUCGGCACUAUCUGCGUCGCAGUUUCUGGCAGCUUAUAAAGAACUUAUGGCUUUCGGUAAUGACCAUAGGAGACGGAAGAUCGAUGUUGAGUUCUCUAGAAUGGAGAAAAUGUCUCCCGUGGCUGAUGAACGUCAAUAUGUGAGUGCAAAAGAAGUGAGGAACCGAAACAAGAAUCGGUAUACAAACAUCCUCCCAGUCGCGGACCACAUGCCGUACUUGACUCCUUCUGGAAUGAGGUCUGAACCUGAUUACAUCAACGCUGUAUUCUUACCGAAUUACAAGAAGAAGGGGGCGUUCAUCAUCACCCAGACACCUCUCAAAGUGACUAAGACCGACUUCUGGAGGAUGGUGGUUGAACACGAUGUCCAUACCAUCGUCAUGAUGAACAAUAGGAGUGAAAUGAAGGAAGACGAAAUAUUCUGGCCUGAAAAUGAAGACCACAUGUUAAAUGAGAACAUGACGAUUGGCAAGACAGGCGAGGAAUGUAAAGGAGGAUUAAGGAAGAUAACGCUUGACUUGAAUCGGUUUGGAAAGACACGGAAACUUCAGCUUAUACAAUUUGAAGGAUGGCCUAAUUAUUCAGCGUUGCCAUCCUCUCCAAAAGAUAUUAUAAACCUCUUCGAUGCAGUGCAGUACUGGCAACAUCAAUCAGGAAACAACCCUGUUCUCGUGCAUUGCAUGAACGGAGCAGACAGAAGUGGCUUGUUCUGUGUCGUGUCAGCAGUCUUGGAGAGGAUGAAGAUAGAACAAGACGUUGCUAUUACCCAGGUCAUCAAAGAGAUGAGGAACUACAGGGAACAGAUUGUUCCUUCUCUGGACCAGUUUCAGUUUGUACAUGAAGUUAUCAAAGAAUACAUUCUACAAAAUGAAACAUAUUCAAAUUUCACCGACUGAGGUCCACGGGCUAUGGAGAAAUGUG